AUGUCCAGCCCGACCAAGAAGCGGAAGUUGAACAAUAGGGGCGGGACUGCGGCAGCCCAGCCAAAGGGCCUGGAGUAUUUUUUCUCCAAGCCAAGGCAGGCUGAGAAUCCUAGACCAGCGCCCUUGGAGACCGACACUCCGAACAGUGACUCGACUAGACGCACAGACGAGGAGCUAGCACGGAAGCUCCUGGCCGAGUACGACUUGGUAGUUGCCAAUGGAGCAACGGAAGACGGCGGAAGCACAAAAGUCAAAGGAGCUGACAAGGGUCCCGCGAAGGUCGAGAAGGACGAUCUUCUACUGGGGAGUCGAACGCCACGCCUCAACGGUUAG